GCUGGAGCUGGCGCGGCCGUCCCCUCCCCCAAGGCCGCCGCGGGAGGGGAACCGGCCGCCGAGGGCUGCUCGGGCCGGCGGCGGGCUCGGUCGUCGUCGUCGUCAUGCAUUACCUGUGGGAUGAGAUGACCCUGACCUUCUCCCGCACGUCCAUGUUCCCCUUCUUCGACAUCGCCCACUACCUGGUGUCGGUGAUGGCGCUGAAGCGGCGGCCAGGGGCAGCGGCAGUGGCAUGGAAUAACCCCCUGUCCAGCUGGUUGAGCGCCAUGCUCCACUGCUUUGGUGGAGGGAUUUUAUCCUGCAUGCUGCUUGCAGAGCCUCCAUUGAAGUUUCUUACAAACCACACUAAUAUUUUACUGGCUUCUUCAAUCUGGUAUAUUGUAUUUUUUUGCCCGCGUGACCUAGUUUCCCAGGGCUAUUCAUAUCUACCUAUUCAACUCCUGGCUGCGGGAAUGAAGGAAGUGACCAGAACUUGGAAAAUAGUGAGUGGAGUCACACAUGCUAACAGCUACUACAGAAAUGGCUGGAUCGUCAUGAUAGCUGUUGGAUGGGCCCGAGGAGCAGGUGGUGUUAUUGUCACAUCUUGUGAAGAGUUGCUAAAAGGAGAUUGGAAACCAGAAGGCAAUGAGUGGCUGAAGCUGUCCUUCCCUGCCAAGGUAACCCUGCUGGGGUCAAUCAUCUUCACUUUACAGCACACCAAUCAUCUGGCCAUGUCGAAGCAUGAUCUCAUGUUCCUUUACACCAUGUUUCUGGUGACCAUAAAGAUAACCAUGAUGAUAACAAAGGACACCACUGUGACUCUUGCUCCCUUUGAGGACACGUUGAGCCGGAUGCUGUUUGGCUGGCAGCAGCAGUUUUCGUUGGGUGAAAGGAAACGCGAAGCCAAGCAGUCCUCCAAUGGCACUGCCUCGUCGGGGUCCAAGCGCAUCACAGAGGAUGCGGGCUCUGGGAAGAGGCAUGCCAAGAAAGAAGACUGACGCUUGACCUGUGCUUGGGGGCAGAAAGGGAGCGUUGCUUAUUUUAGAGUGUGGUGGUUUUUCUGUGUCAGUGAUGGGAAAUAAGCCUGUGUGUAAGGAUGGAGGAGACAAAAGGGAAGAAAUGCCUUAUUUCAGGGACACCGCUCUGUUAAUUGUCAACUCUUGGAGUCACGAGUGGAUCAUGUGAAUUUAUUUUUGCGGUAGAAGAGAUUCUCCUAAUUACUUGAAUAGUUUUAUAUUGAUAAAAGGAUAAUUUUUUAAAUGUUAGAAAAAGUUCACUUGUUACUGCAAAAUUCUAAGGCUUUCACACUUAAAAAAUUCAGUGUUUUUCCACUUUUUGAAUGAUUCUAAUUGUGUUUUAAUUCUGCAGAUUAAACUUUUACUUCAUAUUUCCAGUAUAAUUCUUGUAUAUAGAAGACAAUUCUUAUUUAAUUUUGAACAUGGAGAACUUUUCCUAAAUAAUUUUUAACUGAAAAUAAACUGAUAGUGUAUAUUUGGUGUAUAAAUUUGUUUUUAUACCUUAUUCACAUUAAAAAUGCCUGAAAUUUAAUGUAUUUUAGUUUUAAGUAUUAUUUUUCAGUGAGACCACACUGUUAAUUUGAGUCUCAGUUUGAAGUUUUUUCAUGCUCUUGUUUUGAAAACUACUGUCUCCUCAGAAGAGCAGGGUUACAAUUUGUGUGUAUCUUUUUUUUUUUUCUGCAACACCAGCCUCACUCUGCCCUGGGCUGGCCUCAGAUAAACUCCUACCUCUGCCUCCCCAGUGCUGUGCUUCCGGGCACCGGCCACCAGGCCGGGCUAGGGGUGAGGUUUUGUUGUUGGUAACCCUGUGUUUUAUCGUGUGCUUGGAACCUGGGUUGUGUCUGUCCUUUCUCCAUGUCAGCAGCUGGAGAGAUUUCUCAUAUCCUAUGUUUCUCCUGACUCAGUUGUUGUGAAUAUAACGGUGCAUGUCUCAGUGACUUGACAAAAGCACUGUCAUGGCUGAAAACCUCUCCUUGGUGCCUCUCCCAGGGAGCACUGUCUCUUGUGAGUUGGCAUGCGGGCGUCUUUGUUUCAUAGACAUGUACAUAUAUUGCUGGUUCUGUCUUAAAGGAAAACUACUUUCACGUGGAAAUGCUCAGCCCUCAUGAGAAUUGCCUUUGCACGUUUGGUCUGAACCUAACCUCACAUGGUAAACUACUUGAAUGCGGUCAUACAACAUUAAAUCUGGUUUCUUGUUGACAAAAUAAAAAGCAAACAAGAAAAUGUA